CCGGCAGCAGCCAUGCUCUCCCUGGGGACCAUCUGCAGCCUACUGCUCCUCAGUGUGCUCUGGGUAGACGUGGCCAUGGCAGGCUCCAGCUUCUUGAGCCCCGAUCAUCAGAAGAUCCAGAGAAAGGAGUCCAAGAAGCCACCAGCCAAACUGCAGCCCCGAGCUCUAGAAGGCUGGGUCCACCCAGAAGAUGGAAGCCAGGGGAAUGCAGCAGAGGACGAACUGGAAAUCCGGUUUAACUCCCCCUUGGAUGUUGGAAUCAAGCUGUCAGGGGCUCAGUACCAACAGCACAGCCAGGCCCUAGGGAAGUUUCUUCAGGACAUCUUGUGGGAAGAGGCCAAAGAGGCCCCCGCUGACCAGUGA